AUGCCAGAAGCAUCUCGGCCGCCUACAAAGCGCAGUCUGUGCCAGACUCGGCAAAACCCAAAGCAAAGCAGCACACAUCGGCCAAGUAUUAAGAAUGAAGUGCAGUUUGUCCUGCCGGGCUCUGGUGCCAAUGACUUUGCAGAGCCCAUCGAGAUCAACACGAAUGCUGUUGCGCAACCCUUCCUGAACCCAGAAACUCUGGAAAAUCAAGUGCCUUGA